AUGCGCACAAACGAGGGCAAGAAACGCAUCGCACUUAUAGAUGCGGACCAUUACAUAAUAAACUACAGAAGCACCAUAACGACGUAUGUACAAAAUAUAUGCAACAAUCUGCUUAAGGGAAAUGGCGAAUCAGCAAAAGAUGCUAAUAACGAGUGGGACGCCAAGAGGAGGGAACGGAUCAUCUGCGUUUUCAUGUUCAGCAUGUAUCUUAACAAUAUCCACAGGAAUUUAAAUCUCUUCAGUUAUUUACAUGACGUGUUGAUAAAGUAUAACCAUCUGAUGGGGAGAAGUAGGACCAGCCAAGGAAGGGUAGAAGGGGGUGAUGAUAGCAAGAUGUACAAACUGGACCAUAGCGAGGUGAAUGAAACUCCCUUGGGUGGAGGAACAUCGCAACAGAGGGAGGGGAGGCAGAAACAGAAGGAAAUGGAACCCCCUGUCGAACAGUGCAUGGGAAAGGAAGAUGAAAGGUCCAGCUGGCAAAGCCCUAGUCGAGAUGGAAACCGCGACGAACCAGGAGAUAUUACCCACUUUAUGCACGACCUGAUAAAAGACAAAAACUACGACAACAUGGACAAUGUGACCGAGUCGAAAGUCUGCUUCUUAAACAUAAAAAAUAAAGGGAAGAAUACGAGGGGGUCGCCUGAAUCGUUAAGAGAUUCCUUCGACGCGGAAGGGCACACGUGUGCAACUGAACUGAGCAGCAACUCGAAGAUGGGUGGGACGCAUCUGGGCCAUGCGACUAAGGGGAGCGGCACCAGUGACAGCGAUGAGGAAGCAGUGGAAGAUGCUGAGGAAGACGCGGAGGAAGAAGCGGAGGAAGACGCCAUGGAAAACGUCGCUGAAAACUCCGUCAAGAGCGCCGCGCAUCCCGACGGAGAUGGCACAUCUCGCUGGGCCAAUCGCAGCACGCGGGCCGAGGCUGUCGACGAAGCGAGUCUAGAGGACCCGCAAGACGACUCCUUCCACGAAUCGCAAGGUAGCACCUACCGUUUUAGCAACUCCUCACCAGUGUGCCAAGGUCAAAAGCAGUUUUUAAUAAACUACAAUAGUGUAAACCUGAAGGUGAAAAAUUUCGACAGUCUGCUCUCUGUGGAAAAUUUUUUAGUGGAACAAAAAAAACAAACAAACAUACAAUAUUCCUCGAAGGAAAUUGAAAACCUGUACAGAAUAAUUGUACUGUCCAAAUUACACAUAGGAUUAACACAGACACUAUUCAGGUAUUUUAAAAUUUCCAAGCAUUUUAAAAAUUGUUACAAAAUAAUUGACUCAUUUGAGGAACUGAAAAAAAAUGGAAACGCCGAUAAAGAGGUGCUCAUAUUUAGUAAUCGGGAAUGUUUUGUAAGUUCCGCAAAAAGGGAAGGAUAUUUUAAGGUAGCAGGGGGGAAGAAAAAUCCUUCCAUGGCAACAAACUGUGAUGAUGUCAAUUGGGAUGUGUUAACACAAAAGGAGAGUCUUCUUUCAAAUACGUCUGACUAUAUAUCGAAUAAAUAUAACGACGUUGUGUAUCCCUUUCUGCGAAAUUGUAAUUUAACGGAGGACAUACUAUCAUGGCGCAUUUUUUACAUUUUUAAAAAAUAUAUGUACAUACACGGCACGGUGGUGAAAGGAUUUGGAAGAGGCAGUAAAUAUUUAAAAAUCCCUACGGCUAAUAUUUCCUACUCUAAUUUAACCUCCACUGAUAUUAUGCCUGGCAUAUACUUUGGUAUAUCUAGAUUGAAAAAAAAGAUUUACAAAACGGUGGUUUCAAUUGGAUAUAAUCCCUUCUUUGAAAAUAAGCACAUAACUAUAGAAGCCUUUUUAUACUACAAGACCAAUACUUUAUUUUAUGAUGAGGACAUCCAUUUAAUUAUUGUUGGUAUUCUUCGAAGCGAAAGCAACUUUUCCUACUUUUCUCACCUCAUUCAUGCCAUCCAGUUUGACUGCGAAAUUGCACGCAUCAUUCUCAGCAAACUUCAGGAUGACGAGCAGUUUGUCCGCUGCAGGGAUUACCUCCAGUCGUUGUAG